UCUGCCGUCUCGCGCGCGCCGCCUUCCUUUCGGCAAGGAGGCCUCUCUAUCUUCCUCGCAGCGGCCCUAUUUUUCCCUUUUUUCAGUCUGUCUCUGUCUGUCUGUCACCUGUGCUUGUGCGUGGACUUUAAUUAAAUAUUAUAAUAAAUAGAAUAAAUAAGUUUACAAGUGACUGCCGUAUGUGUGCACGUAUAGUCGGACGAGCGAUCUGUCCCUAGACAUAUUUAUUCCUGUCUCCCUCUUUUCUCUCCUAUUGCUUGCGAUCUCCUCUUCCUUAAACAUACACGCACACACCUGGCCGGGCCAUCUUUGUGCUACGCAGCUACGGAUGAUCGACGUCGUGCCGUGGCAGUGACAACACACCCGCGUGUAAGCGCCCAACGACGACGAUUGUUUACAGCGAGAGAACGAGCGAGUGAGCCUACCUGUCUAUGUACGUGGGCAAGCGAUUUUCCGCGCGGGACACUUUAUAAAAGUUAAGAGUGCAAGCGUAAUUUGACUACAGUGAAAAACGUUUAAUUUGGAAUUAACCAGUGUUUAGCAAUUAUAAAACAGCAAACUGAUGCAUGAAUACAAGGAAAGAAGCUAGCUACUACCGCUUCGCUGAUUAUUUCCUCAAGCUGCGAGAGGAACGAUAAUGAUACCGUGGACUUGGACGUCGUCACCGUCGUCAGCGACUUCGUCGUCGUCGCCGUUGUUGCAGCCACCGAUGUAGUUUCUUCUCGCCUCUAUCUCGCCCUCUCUUCUGCAUCUAUUGAUUGAGAGGGAAAAUCAUGGCUACCGAGGAUCAAGGCCUGUUGCUGAAUUUUUGCCAUGAUCAUCGUCGAUUAGCAUCGCAUUACAGCAGCCAGUCUACGAGAGAGCAACAAGCAUGAAAAAUCGCGACACGCGAUCGGUCCGUCGCAAGAGGGACUGAAGGAGUUGGAACGAAAGUCCACGCGCGCGUGUGUGUGUUCGUGAAUGCACGCGCGCCUGGAUGAGCCGGGAGGCGGAUAGGUAGGGGUUGAGAGAGGUCGUUGGCGUGUACGCACUAUGAACGCCAGCGUCAACGUUGAGAGGAACUCCUGGCGAUUGCCUCCUGACGAGACCAUACAGGUCGGUGAUGUACGAAGCAAAAACGAACCUCAAGAUGUGAGUGAUUUGACUUAUCCCGGAGAUGGCCACAACUGGCGGAGCAUCAUAUUUUCUUUGCUGGUCAUCAGUACCGUAAUCGCCGGCAUUUGUACGGCCAUCUACCUUCUAGGUUACGUAGACGAGCUUCUUUAUUGGAGCGGCCGUCGAUUGACGCUCGAGGAAUGUCUUCACGGUGACUUGACGCCGCAGAGGCUGGCACCGACUUGGGUGGCCCACGACAAAUUCAUAUUUCAGGCGGACGAUGGCUCGCUGGCGCUCCUCGACGCGUCCAACAAUACCGUCUCCCUGCUGGUCUCCAAUCACACGCUCAGGCAGCUGAACGUUCAGGACUAUCAGUGCAGCACGGAUCUUCGCUAUGUACUCUUCAAGCAUAACGUCAAGCUGGUCUUUAGGCACACCUUCACCGCGCAUUACACAGUUUACGAUGUCACCAACGAUCAUCACAUGCCGCUGCACCUGCAGACCGCGUCGCGCAUCCAGCAGACGCGUCUGCAGCACGCCGCCUGGCUCGGCAACAGCAGCGCCCUGCUCAUGGUUUCGAACAACGACAUCUACGUGCGCCAGUCGCCCGGCCUCGCGGAGGACAUCAGGCUCACGGACACGGGCCAGCCGGGCGUCAUCUACAAUGGAGUGCCCGAUUGGCUCUACCAGGAGGAGAUAAUGCCGAGACCCGACUGCACCUGGCCGAGCUCGGACGGUUCGCGUCUGCUCUUCGCCACCUUCAACGACACAACGGUGCGGGCUCUCGAGUUUCCCUGGUUCGGUCAGACGAACAACGCUGAGGUCGUGCGCAAGGGUGCUUUUCCGCCCUCGCGCUCGGUGCGCUACCCGACGCCAGGCUCCCCAAAUCCCGAGGUCGAUCUUUGGCUCGUCGACUUCACCAAUGUCACGAAUGUUUACAACAACAUCACCAACGUUACCAGUGCGAUGCCUGCCAAGCUCAAACUCAAACCUCCACCGGUUUUCGAUGGCCAGGAUUACUACCUGAUAUCAGCCGGAUGGGUAGGCGACGACUCCAGCCAAGUGGCAGUGGUCUGGAUGACUCGCUCGCAGAAUCUUUCGGUGGUGUCGGCUUGUCGCGCCCCUAACUGGGAGUGCGAGGAGAAGCACUCGGAGAGGGCACCCGAGGGUCAGUGGCUCGACGUCCAGCCUCAUCCGGUCUUCGCGCCCGACGGCGACAGUUUUCUGUUGCUCGCGGCCGUACAGGAAGGUGCUCAAGAGCAUUUCACGCAUAUCAAGCACGUAACGUUGACUCAACAGAGAAUCGCUGUGCUUUCGCACGGCCAAUACGAGGUGGGCGAAAUUUUGGCAUGGGACACGAAAUCCCACCUGGUCUAUUACUCGGCCACGAGGGAGCGCAGUCCCGGCCAGCGACACCUGUACGUGGUCAAGGACCCGAUAGCGGACGAUCCACGUCGAGUAGAGCCGCUAUGCGUUACCUGCGACAUCGCCGAUCUGCAGUGGAACGGUCGGCACUACUACACGAACUGCUCGCACUUCGGGGCCUCGGCGAAUCCGGCGCCGGUCCCGGGCAGCCCCGAGGCCUCCGAGGACGACAUGGGCUACUACGUGCUCUACUGCGAGGGCCCGGGUCUGCCGCUCGCCGCUAUCCAUUCCAUGAAGACGCAGCAGAUCAUACGCGUGCUGUACGACACGAGGAUCCAGCGCGCUGAUUUGCUAUCCCAGCUCGCACUGCCCAAGCGUCACAGUUUCGAGGUGCCGCUUCCGCAGGGCUGGCGAGCUCAGGUGCAGCUGAUGUUACCACCGUCGUGGCGCGAGGAGCUGCGCGACGCCGCGUUUCCCGUGCUGGUCGAGGUCAACGGCCGGCCGGGUAGCGCCGCGGUAACUGACAAAUUUCGCAUGGACUGGGGCACCUACAUGUCCAGCCACAACGACGUGGUGUACGUGCGGUUGGACGUGCGAGGCUCUCGUGGGCAGGGCAAACGCGCCCUGUAUCGACGCAUUGGAGGAGUGGAAGUCCAGGACCAGGUGACGGUGCUCAAGCACUUGCUGGAAAGCUACAAGUUCCUGGAUGAGUCGCGCGUCGGCAUCUGGGGCUGGGGCUACGGUGGCUACGUCACCUCCAUGGUCCUCGGUAGCCAGCAAGACGUCUUCAAAUGUGGCGUCGCCGUUAAUCCAAUUUCCGACUGGCUCUUCUACAACUCUGCGUUCACGGAACGUGUACUGGGCCCGCCCUCGGAGAACUUCAAGGGCUACGUCGAGGCCGACUUGUCGCAGCGAGCGAGACUAGUGCCGAGUCACAGUCUGUACUUGCUCCACGGCAUGGCCGACCACACGGCCCCGUACGCGCAUGGCAUGGCCUUUGCCAAGGCCCUCACCGAAUCCGGCGUCAUCUUCCGAUAUCAGAGCUACGCAGACGAGGAUCACGCACUGAGCGGCGUGCAGGAGCACGCCUAUCGUUCCAUGGAGGACUUUCUCGCUGAGUGCCUGGCUCUGGACGCCUCCUAGUGCCUCAGACUCACGACUGUCUUUGGUCGAUACGUCGUCGUCGUCGUAGCUACCACUGCUACCGUCUAUUGUUCAGCUUUAACAAGGCCAACCUCCUAUCAUUAUCACUGCUGGAGCAACUACUACUAUUACCACUACUACUACUACUGCAAACACCUCCUAGCUCUUCCUAGCGCACACUUUGCGCAGCUCUUUCUCUCUCUCUCUCGCUUUGACUCUGUAUAGAUCGUUCCGCUUGUCGCUUCUCGCAAACUCACGCCUAAUUCACUCUUAUACCCACACCCACACACGCCUAAAAUGCAUAUAAACUCUUGUUGCUAAGCCUCGUCCUCGCGUCGCGUGUGCUCGUGUAGCCAGAAAAUAGUCGGUAUACCAACGGGCGCGGCGGUGCUGCUUCGUUAUCGCUGGCUAAUUAACCAACUUGUUCGUUUCAAUUUGUCGAGCUAGUCACGAGAAACGAAUAACUUCUUCAACGAGUUCAUGAUGUUUUAUAUAGUUUAGAGAAAGAGCGAGAGAGAGAGAGAAAAAGAGGGAGAAAAAAGAAGUAUCGAUUAGCUGCCAUUCAACUCUUAAAACCAAAAUCGUUAUUCUGACUAAAAGCUGUAAAUAAUGUAAUAUUGUCAACAAUUAAUAUGCUAAAAAAUGUUACUCGUUUUAUAGAAAAAUACAAAAACAAAAAGUCUUUCGGAAAUUACUUCGACUUGCAAUAAUAAGAAGCUGGCAAUUUUUUGAAAGUUUCAACACUAUAACUUUGGUCGAGCAGCUCUACCCAAGUAACUGCUUCAUGUACAUUAUAAUGUAUACACAAAAGAGCAAUUAAUUACAACAUGUACGCUUACAAUAAAAAAAAAUUCAAAGUUUUAAGAUAUAAUCACGUGUACGCUUGAAACUGCAUCGAUUAUGUCCAUGGACAAUCACCGAUUAAUCAUUAUUAACAGCGUCGAAAUAUCAUAUAGUCUCUUGUAACAAUGUGAUAAAAAGUCAUUGUGCAAUCAGUUGAAUAAAAUGUUGUCAUUUUAAAUAAAAUCGAUCUUGCGUUCGGGCUAAAUGAGUAUUUAUGCUGUUUUGUAAAGAUAAAAUUAAUUAUAAAAGGCCUGCGAUACAAUCAAAUACUACGUCGACUAUGGAUAUUUAGAAAAAAGACUCGCAAUUUUCGAGCACUACCCCAAAACUUACUAACAAAAUCGAUUAUUCUAAUGAAUCAUUUUUCAUCGUUGCGGUUAAGGCUUUCCAUUAUGUAUCAAAAAAAAUUACCGUAUAAUAAUACGGAUUUUAACGUCUAAUCGAUAUAGGUGUAAAAUAAUCAAACUAGUCGUACAAUAUUUAUAUAUAUUAUACAAUAUAUAUAAAAGCGAGUGAUCCAAUUACGGCCUCACAUUAAUGUCAUAUACAUUAAAAAAAUAUAAACCUAAUUACGAGAAUAAGGUAAUUGUAAAUAAUAGUUGUUUAACAAACAUUAUUCUUAUUGAAUGAGAAUUAAUAAAUAAUUAACUCUAGGACAUAACUGAUAAGGUCUAAGAAAAUGUUAUUCAAAGGUCACUCUACAUUGUUUUGAGUAUUUAAAAUUUACGACUCUGGUAGAAUUUAAGCAUAUUGACAGUCAUUUUAGAAAUUCAAUACGCUAAGUUUUUCCACUUCUAAGAUCUACACUUUAUAAGCACGAAAAUCAGCACGCUACAGUAAUCAAAACCUAAUAUGCAUGUGCCUAAUUUUCUGCCAGAGAAUUGUUAUCGCUAAUAAUAACCCUAACAUCACCAUUAUCGUACCUGUUUUUUGUACAAUCGUACGAGUUUUUAAAUUUGAUAAUCAAAAAUCUUGAAGACGAUCAAAAUACAAGAGAGGAAAUUAAUUAGGAGAAUAGUUUUUUUUCAUAUGCGUCAUAAUAAUUAAGAUGCGUCGUUAUUAUAAGCUUUAUAUUAAUGGCACGCAUUCGCAGCACUAUUCAAUUAUGAUUCGUUCAACCUUUCAACAUGCCGACAAUCAAGGCUAGUGCAAGUAAUCAAACUAUGAAUAAUCGACAAAAUAUAAUUAAUAAAUAUUAAACCCUCCUUACCGUCAUUACUUGUCGUUAUCGCGCCUCGACGAUUAUAACGCCACAUCCACUGCUUGCGAAAUUCGAUCGCAAUUACAACAAUAAUUAUAUCAAUUUUAGCAAUAUUAACGAUUGCGAGGGCGAUAACAGCGGGUGGUGGUAACGCCGCUAGUUCAUAAGGAUGAGUAGUAUAGAUACAACAAAUGGGUAAAGAUACGAGCAAAGCUUAUGAUAAUCGUUACAUCUCGUAAAUUAAAGUUUGCGAAAAAUCUUGUUGGAACGCACCUUGUUGUUUUAUCCGCAUUCAAAACAAACAUGUAAAGCAGUUCAAACAUUGCAAAAUAAUCUGAUGGUAAUUUAAGUCCGAAGCGUGUAUAAAAAAUAAAUAAUGAAAAGAGAGAGAGAGAGAGAGAGAGAGAGAGAGAGAGAGAGAGAGAGAGAAAAGAAAAACACGAUGGCGACGAGCGAUUGAAAUUGUUUUGCUGGACGUGUGUAUCGCUUAUCCCAGAGGAGUAACAAAAAAAAGGAAGAGAAAAUACAGCACUGCUGCUACAUUUUACGUAUAGUGAUAAAACAAUUUGUGAUUUUUGCAAAUGAUAUCAACGCUCGCUCGCUGGCGCGCUUCUGUGUAUAUAUGUAAAAGACAAACGGUUCGCGUGGACGGCAAUAUAUCAAAAAAGAGAAAAAAUACGUGUGCGUUAUCUGUGUGUGAGUGUGUAUGUGUACGCAUGUAUAAGUUUGUUGCAAUGGUCACGUCUAUAGAGCACGAUGAGAAAGCGAAUUAAAUUUGUUUUUUCUCGUGGCGCGAUUUAACGAUAAUUUUCUGCGGUGCGCACGGAAUCCAAUUCGCUAUUGCAUUUUCAGAUAUGACAGAAAACAGCAAAAAUAAAAGAGAAAAAAAAUUGAGCUUUCAUCCACGUUGAAUUCUGUAAAUACAUUAUUUUUAUCGGUUUAUAAAUGAAUUAUGUGUAUACAGCGGAGAAUAAAAAAUAAUGUAUAGACACGGGGAAUUGAAAAUGUUGUUCAGCACAAACAUGUCGAAUGUCAUGAUUCACCGUCAUGUUCCUUGCACUUUAAAAACAAACAAAAAUAUAUUAUAUAUGUAAUUGAUAUGAGUAAACCGAGCUUUAGCGCGAGACUAUGGAAAGGCACGCAAGUUGCCGAAAAAUACAUAGUGUAAGCUUACAAUAAGAUUAAUUUGAUUGGUUUUCCGUUGCAGUGGCCGAGCUUAUGCGCGAGCUUUGAAUCGAGAUAAUCAUUGUUGUUUGAUCCACUUUUAUUUUUCGUUGAAAAAAAUUUUGAGGAAUCGUAGAAAGUUAUUUAUAAAUAUAAUAAAAAAGUUUGCAUAUCAAUCCGAACGCCGAUUAUUACCUAUUACUGGAGUUCGAUAUCGUUGACUCGAUCCGAAAGAUAUGAUGCAAACAAAUGGAAAGACAUUAAGUAUAACUGGACUAUAUAGUGCUACGAUCAAUUAUUAAUCUUAAAAAUUUGUGAAAAUUAAAAUGUAAUGGAAGAAUUUGUUCGAAAAUUUAUCAUUGAAGCAACUCUUAAUAUAAAUGUAGAAAUUCGUCAAUUUCGAGAGAUGAAUAAUUCGACGACUGCAAUUGCAACACAAAAAAAUUCUCAUAUAUGUACAAAUAUAUUAUCCCAUAAAAAACGACAUAUAGGCAUAUUUGAACAAGUACGAUAAAAUUAUUUUUAGCUAUUAAUAUUUCUAAAUAAAACUCCAGAAUCUUUAUAAUAACGUUGUUAAACAAUUGUAUCAAAUUAUCGACACUCACGCCAAAACACCCCCCCCCAAAAUACUAACGAGAAAACGACGAAACAACAUUUAUUCCAUUUUAACGAAUUUCCACUUCAAUGAGACAUACUUCAUUCAAACGAAAACAAAAUAUCUCUCAAUUAAUUGACAAUUAUCGACGCGCGGUGUAUGCACAUCGACGACAAGAGUUCAAAAAAAGCGAUCGCUAUUCUGUAAGGUAUGUAAAAUGCCUAUAAAACAUUCAAUUGUUUUUCCCACGACACAUCUUCGUCAGUUUUGAGUUUUGAAUUUUCUACGAUUAAUUGAGCGAUAUUGUAACACUUUCUACGAUGUUUAUACAAAUAUAACUGUGUACUUGAUGAUAUUGUGAAAUUGGAUUUACCAUUCGAUUGCUUUGUUACGCAAUGAUCCAAUCUCAUGAUGAGGUAUACGUUUCGUUAAGGGAAAAAUAAAUAAUAAAAAGGAAAGGAAAUCACAUUCAUGAUAUUUUUUAUUAGAGUAAAUAAAUACGAAGAUGAAAAAUAAAAAUGAAAAAAAAUAACCGAUGCGAAUUGCGCUUUGAUAUGACAUUGCAAUAACAAUGUAAAACUGGUGUCUAGCACCAAGUUAUUUUCUGCUCCAAUGAGACGAUCAUGUCGCUAUUUACUAAGAUUCUGCGAUUUUUAAUAUCGAAAAAAAAAUACAAGAGAAAGAACGAUAGCUUGUCUGAGCAUGUCAAGUAUCGGGUGUGAAAUGUUUUCAAUAAACUGUUACAUUACCUGA